AUCUCUCUCUCAUGUAAGAUUGAGUGAGUGAAGCCUAGGUCAAGUUUGACUUGAAUUCAUUUCUGCUUGUUGUACGGACAUGGCUGAUGACGAAAUUAAAGUUUAUGAGGGCCGUCAUCACCAGCUUGCUGACAUCCCGGCCGCUGCUGACAAUAACAACAACAAGCGUGUUGCUUCCGUUGAUGUUUUCAGAGGCCUUACUGUCGUGUUGAUGAUUUUGGUUGAUGAUGCUGGUGGAGAAUGGCCUAUGAUCGGGCAUGCGCCUUGGAACGGCUGCAACCUUGCUGAUUUUGUGAUGCCUUUCUUUUUGUUUAUUGUCGGCAUUUCCAUCGCACUCGCUCUCAAGAGAAUACCUGAUAGGUCCCUUGCCGCUAAAAAGGUGAUACUUAGGACACUAAAACUCAUCUUUUGGGGUCUUCUGUUACAAGGUGGUUACUCACAUGCUCCUGACAAACUAUCAUAUGGUGUUGACAUGAAGUAUAUAAGGUGGUGUGGUAUACUUCAGAGAAUUGCUCUUGCAUAUUUCAUUGUUGGAAUGUUAGAAAUUGCAACUCAAGGUGCACAAGCCAAGGAACUACCACAUGGACGUUUUUCUAUAUACAAGCUGUACUUUUGGCACUGGCUACUCGGAGCUUGUGUUAUCAUAGUUUACUUGGCAGUUCUAUAUGGAACUUAUGUCCCCAGUUGGCAGUUCAAAGUCAACAAUACCAAAAGUGCUGAUUAUGGAAAAAUAUUAACGGUAACCUGUGACAUGAGAGGAAAUCUUGAUCCACCGUGUAAUGCCGUGGGUUAUAUUGACAGACAAGUUCUUGGAAUUAAUCAUAUGUAUCAGCAUCCUGCUUGGAAGAGAUCUAAGGCUUGCACCGCUGGAUCCCCGUAUGAGGGUCCUUUCAAAAAGGAUGCUCCGUCUUGGUGUUGGGCACCUUUUGAACCUGAAGGAAUUCUCAGCUCUAUCUCUGCUAUUUUGUCUACAAUUAUCGGUGUGCACUUUGGGCAUGUACUCAUACAGAUGAAGGUUCACUCAUCUAGGCUGAGGCAUUGGAGUGUAAUGGGUGUUGUCCUUGUUAUGUUGGGAAUUGUUCUGAAUUUCACAGAUGCAAUUCCUCUAAAUAAACAGUUGUAUACAUUCAGCUACGUUUGUGUGACUUCAGGGGCAGCAGCAUUGGUCUUCUCAUUGAUUUAUCUUAUGGUUGAUAUAUGGAGUUUGAGAUAUAUGUUUCUACCGUUGGAAUGGAUUGGAAAGAAUGCAAUGCUUGUAUAUGUUAUGGCGGCUGAAGGCAUCUUCGAAGGAUUUAUCAAUGGCUGGUAUUAUGAUUAUCCCCAUCAUACAUUGUUGUCUCUAUGAUACUAGACAGAAUCUUUUCAUAGAAGAUUAGAAGAGAAAUGAAAGCGACACCGCAUUUGACGGGAAAAGAACUUAUACGAUUUGCUACCACAAAAAGUAAUCAUACUGUUCUCCAACAACCCAUGGUCCAAAUUACUUUUCUAAGGAUUAUCUGGUUAUUUUUUUUUUAUUUGUGAAGACUAAAGGUAGCAUUAUGGGUGAGUGGUGACGGAUUAUCAUAUAGUAAUUGUUGUACGGUAUGAUGGUAAAUAUUAUGUCUCCUAUGAUCAAGACGUUAAAUUUCAGAUGUGUUAAUCAGGUGCGUUAUUUGGUCUAUGUGGUUAAUUGGUCAGAGUUGGUCUGGUUUGACAUAUUCACCAUCCACCUGAAAACCAUCUUAAAUUAGAUUUCACCAAGAACCAUAUAAACUGAGUAAUUAGGUGGGUUAAGGUUAACUGCGCUAGCAGUUUAAGGCUUACACUUGGCAUAGAAAUCAUGCUUCGUUUACUCUUGGGCUUUUCAUUUUUGCUGCGCUCUCCCCAUUCGCUUCAGGAGUUCAGGGUACCCUAAACCAGGGUGGUAAACCCAUGAACAUAGGUUACUAUUGGUUUAAGCCAGUGUAGGUUUAGUUUUAACUGUUUUUCCUCCCCAGAAUGACCGAGUGAUGACGUAAGGUCUAUUAACUGUUUUUCCUCCCCAGAAUGACCGAGUGAUGACGUAAGGUCUAACCUGCUAACACCAGUCAAAUUUUGUGGAUUAUUGAGAGAGGUUAAAGUAGUAAACAUGAGUUAAGAACUCUGGUAUAAAACUAUGCAUAUGUAAAACUGAUGCUUUGUUAAAAGUUUGCAGUCAGUUACAUACAAUAAGAUUUUGGAUUAUUCUCGUGUCAUCAAGGAGACUCCAAAAGAUGAGGCAUCCAAACAUAUGCAAAAAUGAUGACGUGAAAUUUAAGAUCUAAUUAAGUCUGAAUUGCUUCAUAUCUGUUUGAUUUCAUACUUUUUCUUUUUGGCUCUGUAGUGUUAAAUUUCUUUUCAACAAAAAAAUUUGUCAUCGUUGUUUUGUCCUUUGAGUG